AAUCAGUAUUAUUUGUUUUAUUACAUUACAAGAUGAAAUUCGUAAUUUUUGUAACUUUAUUCGCCCUAGUUGGACUGGUUCAACCAACUUAUAUUCCUGAAGAUGACAAAUCACUGGAAAUUCCAAUAGCAUGCGAAGCUUGUGUAGCGUUUGCAAAAAUAAUUGAAGGGUUGGUUGAGAAAGAAGUUCCAAAGGAAACUGUAGAAAAAGAAGCAGAAAAGCUUUGUGAGCUGCUUAGUGGUACUUUAAAAACAUUUUGCGAAGAUCAUCUAGUAAGUGUGGUUGAUGUUAUAUACGACGCCAUUUCCAAAUCCACGCCACUUUUAGUUUGUACUGCUUUACAAUUUUGUUUAUAAAUGUUUAAGUAAUU